AUGAGUCACUGUCGACGUUUGGUGCGUUUGCUAUGGCAUAGUUGUGGCCACCUGUAUAAGAAUCACUGGGAACAGCUGAGUACGCUCAAUUUACGAUCACAGUACAGUUUGGUUGUAGCACAUAUGCACUGCAUCGCCAAAAUGUAUGAUCUUCUUGACAACAAGGAGCUCUCAGCGCUUUCUCACACUUUACAGAGAACACGUUGUGAUGAAGCUGUUGUGAAGAGCAAAUAUUGUGAAGAAGCUGCUCUGAAGGGAAUGCUUCAAGUGACGCAGUUCGGUGACGGUUUGGAUGCAGCGCAGCAGUACGCAUCGUUCAAAAGUGGUAGCUGGGGUGGCCACGCAACAGCACCAGCUCAUCUCAUGUGUAAGCCUUACUCGCAAACAUGUUGA